AUGAAUCCCCUGCCCUAUCGCGCCGGGGCUUCAAACCCAAAUGGAGGCUAUGAACUGCCCCGGGUACAGUCUGUGACUUCGGGUGCCUUUCCUCCAGCCCCCGGAGCUUUGCUGUCGGCCCCGCCUAGUAGACCGGACAGUGGGAUGCGCAUGUCUCAUCCAUUACAGCCCAUGCCGCAGCCUCCGGGCCAGCCUGUACAUCAAGGCCCGCCGCAGCAGCCUAUUACUCCAGCUGGCGGUCCGUCGACGUCUCCCUUUUCGCGAUUCUAUGAAUCGGCUUCGGGAUCGCCGGCUGAUAGUGGGCUUCCAGAUGCGCCGCCAUACGGAAAUCCGGGCAUAUACCAAACCAGUCCGGUCGGCCACGGCCAGCCCACGCAGACUCAGCUGCAAAAGAGAGCAUACAGACAACGCAGAAAAGACCCCAGCUGCGAUGCGUGCCGGGAGCGCAAAGUGAAAUGCGAUGCGUCGGAAUCGAGUAGCUGCACCGAAUGCAACAAUCGCAGAGUCCGGUGCCAGUUCACCAAGGAAACCAAUCGGCGCAUGUCGUCUAUUAAACAGGUACAGGACAUGGAGCGACAGGUUCACAGUUUGAAGCGCGAGUUGCAACAGGCCCGGUCAGGUGCGAUGCGCCCCGAGCCCAUGAUGGAACUGGACGACGGGAGCGGCAAUCAACCCCAGAUUAAGCUCCCUGGGAUCGAGUACAAGCCAUCGCGAAGGCCUAAAGCACCCCUCACCCAGGAUCUCUCGAGUGUGCGCAAAAACCUGCGGGAGCAUGGCCGUCACAUUCUCCAACUACCAGCGCCAUAUCAGCAAACGGGCCCGCCUGCUGUCGUCGAAAGUGAUAGUCCGGCGCUGCCGCCGAAAGAUACGGCAGACCAUCUCAUGGCUCAAUAUUUCAAUUGCAUUCAUUCUGUCCUCCCCAUUAUUCACUGGCCGACGUUCACGGCGGAAUAUGAGCAGGUUUACCGGUCGGGCACCUUGGUUGGCAUGUCAAAGGAGUGGGCGGGGGUUCUGUUUGGAGUCUUUGCCUGUGGCGCGAUUCAUACGUUUGAACCGAAUCGGGAGGAAAAGGGCAAAGAGUUCUUGCGCAUUUCAUGUUCGGUCAUUGAUAUCUGGCAAGAUACUUUCAACUUGGAUCGGGCUCGAGCCUCAUUGUUGGUCAGCCUGUUUCUCUACGAGAUUAACUCAAAAUCUGCUAGCUGGGUCUGGAUUGGAACCGCGGUCCGUGUGGCCCAAGAGAUCGGUCUGCAUGUUGACUCGGGGCCUUGGUCUGCGGUGGAGGCUGAAAUGCGGAAACGCCUCUGGUGGUGUCUCUAUGCCUGGGAUCGAAUACUUGCUCUCGAAAUGGGGAAACCGGUCUUGAUCGAUGACCAAGACUGCGAAGUGGAUCUUCCCUGCCCCGUGGAAGACCAGUAUAUCACGGAGGAUGGCAUCAUACCCAGUGGCCAGCAGACCACGCCACUACUUGCCACGAUCCACGUUGUUCGCUCUCUGGGCCAGUUAACUCGAACCCUGCGUUUCACCACUCUCAGCCGCGCAACCCUCGAGACCUUUGAAAGACACUUCAACACCUGCCUAGGAACCUUCCCUCUCUAUCUCCACCCUCAGUCCGACGAGGAACUCGACCCCCGCUCCCUGGCGCCCAUCAUCUAUCUACAAAACGCACGCCUACUCCUCCACCGUCACAACAUCUCUCCUUACUGUCAACAUGUCGAUCGAUCGAAUGCGAUCGACUAUUGCGUAACAAUCGCCCUCGACACCGCCAGGGUAAUAUCCCGCUGCAUGUACCCGGAAGACUCUGUUAGCACAUCUCGAAUUGCCGCUACUUCACCGGCGUCAAGAUUCGCCAACCGCGGCCCUGGCGACUGGCGCACGUUAUUCGCAUCAUGCGCUGGAACGCUUCUCUGUACACACAUCUGGCGCUGUGCGCUUUUUUUCUCUUCCGCCAAGAGUUCGCCGCGGCGCUGUCGCUAUCUCGCAUUCUUCCUCCGUGCGCUCCUCGACCGCUUCCACCAACGCGACCUGGAUCUCCUUGAUCAAGACGAAGAAAUGAUGGCCUACGUGUCUGGUGAUAUGCAGGGAACCAGCGACGGCAGCUGGGUCUGGCAAGGAAGCGAGACGGGCUCGCAGCUUGAAUCGAUGUCUCAGAAUUCGUCAGGGCAGGGCUUCUCAGAGUCCACGGAUUCUCCUGAUAAGAUCUGCGACUGGAUCCAGAGCACCAUCCAAGAACUCAUCGAGAAACAGCGGCGCGACCAAGAACGUCGUGACCAUGCUCCGCUACCACCGCUCGAGCCGUCUAUGCUUCAUCCUGAAUCGACCGCCUCCGAUACCACGGACGGGCGGUCGCCUCUUGCUCCGUCGCGAAUGGAUAUCGCCAGUCUCAUCUGA